AUCGGGUUCAAAUUUGCAAUAUGACGUGUGAAUAUUUGUCAGAAGACAUCUUACAAGCCAAUUUCUUCAAGUGCACAUCUCCCGUGUACUACGCUCAGCUACUUUGUGGAACUAACCGUGUCGACAUCAGAGAUAACUUCGCUACGUCAGUGACCAAGGGCCAAAAACUGUACUCUUUAUUAAUAAUACUCGGUGUCACCUUGUCUUACAGCUACUUUGCUUUUAAUUAUUAUGAGCUUUAUUCUGUAACGAGUCCUACCAUUUUGUAUAUGAGUAUUGUAGGUAUGGUGUUGCAUUACACCACUUACCUAUUGAAUCAAUGUUUUUUACGUUUGACGAAGCAAACGGAUAACAUAAGGCUUGUAGUUUUAUUAAAUAAAAUAGAUUGCUUGCUGAACAUUAAUCAUGAGUCUGACCUAAACAACUUGCAAUAUUAUUGGUCGGCCACGGCGGUGUUUUUGACUGCUCUAGUCUUCUUCUUUGGCUACGGGGUCCAUGUGGUGGGCACUGUUCCACAGUAUCCCGUCUUCACUUGUUUCAUCUCGAUACAAUUAUACUCCUAUCUGCUGGAGAUAAUUUGCAUAGGGGCAUAUGUUUAUUACGUAGCAGUUCGAAUGAGACUUUGUUCCUAUUUGAUUCGGUCGAUGGUGUCAAAAUUAUUGAGUAAAUAUGAUUGUGGAGAUGCUGUGGAAGUAUCACACCGUGUAGAAUUACGAAACGUAACUGUAUGCCUGAGUUACAUACUGGAAGCGUUCAGAACUAUAGAAAAAAUAUUUAGAUAUUCAGUAAGUAUUAAGAUCAAGCUUAGUAUUAACAGUACCUAUACCUACUUCCCUUUUAAUGAGCCUUUAUGUUUAUUUCAGAUUUUUUCAAUUCUAUCAUUAAAUUUCGUAUGGACUUUUUUGGUUCUUAUAGCUAUGACUGAAGGUGUCCGAAAGCAGGUGAGUUUUAACGUCUAUUAUGAAAGGAUGGGAACACGAAUCAGCAUCAUCAUCAGCCCUUAG